ACUGUCCUUCUUACCGAAAACUGAAAGUCAGAGGAGCGAUUUUAAAGGUUGGCGUUACUGCCAGAACUGUAGUUCGUUCUAAAAAGCGUCGUUCAGGUGCAAUCUACAUACGAUGGAUGAGGCUGAUCCAUAUUUUUCAAUGCAGAAUGAAGUUUUGAAAAACUUGAAACUCACCGAAACGCUCUAUGAUGAUUGGAAAUGUGGAUCAGGGUCAGCGGACCCAAAAAUACUGACUCGACUUCGACAGACUAUCAAAAAUAUCGAGUGGGAUCUGAUGGACUUGCAAGAAACUGUUGGAGCAGUUGAAAAUAAUCCCAAAAAAUUUCGUUUGUCAGAUAAAGAUAUAUCAGCAAGACGUCAGUUUCUAUCGGAAGCGAAAAAUGUAAUCAAGAAUGUAAAAAAUCAUUUAAGCACAUCAGAUUUUGAAGGUGAAAAGAAGGAUUCAACCAUUGAUUUCACAGUCCAUAUUGCACCGCCACCUGUCCUGUCAUCAUCCUUGUCCAAUGGAGAUGUGAAGAUGAAGGAAGAAAUAAUGAAUAAAACAUCCCCAAGUAUGAUAUUCAAUUCUCAUUCAAAAGUAUCAAACAUUUAUUCGUCAUCUAAUGAUCCUUUAACAGAACAAAAAAAAUUAUUAUAUGAACAAGAUAAUCGUUUAAAUCAAUUAGGAACUACUAUUUCUAAUCUAAAAGGUAUGUCAUAUCGUAUAGGAGAUGAAUUAGGUGAUCAAGUUCUCUUAUUAGAUGAUUUUACUAGUGAAAUGGUUAGUACAGAGUCUAGACUUGAUUCAGUCACUAAACGAACUGCACAUUUAUUACAUUUGAGUACAGAUCGUCGACAAUGGUGUGCUAUCUUCUCCUUAUUAAUUACACUCAUCAUUAUAUUGAUUUUAUUUGGUAUUCUCUAAAAGUAUUAUUGAUUAGGGUUAAAGAUAAUCUUUUAAGGUGGUGAUUUGUAACUUGAUGUAUGCGUAUGUAAUAUAAUGUUUUUCUCUCUUUUCAGUUUUCUCUAUUAUUUUGUUCUUUGUCAUGUGUUUUACGUCUUUUUCUAGUUGUUUAUUGUAUUCAUCAUGUUCUUGACUUUAUUUUAAGACAUUCCCUGUUUAUCUGUAAUCCUGUAAAUUUGUCUGUGUCUAAUUAUCGUUACUUUUUCAUCUGUGAUUCACUAGCUUUCAACUGUCAUAUUUUUCAAAAUGGUACUUCAUCUGAGAUGUAUAAGUAAACUGUUGGUUUUUAUCUAUGAGUGUAAUCGUAAAAGAAUAAGAAUAGAUGGUCAGUCAAUUUAAAUGAGCUUGAAGCAAUGUGUACUUGGCUCGAGUCCUAAUGAGGACCGCAUGACUCACUGAGGUGUAGAUAAAUCCAGCUAAUAAGUCUCAAAUAGGGUGAAACACGCAUCCUGAUAUCUACAGCUUGUUAUUUUCACGCCAUUUCUUAUAGCGGAGUGACUUUAAACGCCAUCCUAGCAACUGAUGAAACAACCAAUCAUGUUUCUGUAUUCUAUGAAAAAUUGUCUUCCCAGCUGAAAUACAGCAACGUGAUUGGCUACUUUGAUAGUUUUUGAGGGUGGUCUUUAAAGUCGCCUCCAUUGAAAUCUAAUCCGCUGAUUGCUUAAUCCUUAUUCUUACUGUGUUAAUGUGUUAAUUUGCGGACAAGGUCAUGUCUCAUAUGUACACAUGCUCACGUGUUAUUAGGUUAAUUGGUUAUUAAUCUUGGAGGUAGUUCUUUGAGUAUUGUAGAGUAGAGUAGAGUCAUCAACAGAAAUUCUUGCACCUAAUUUUCUCACAAAAGUAUAACGUUAACACCUCACUUUGGGACUAUAUGAUAUUUGUGGUUAAGGUAUGUUUUGCAAGGUGAAAUA